GUUAAUGUAUAAAAGUGAAAUUACUCCAGUUUUAUUAAAACUCAUUUAUACACAUAUACUAUUACAGUUAAAAUUGCUAACUGUUACUAAAUACUUUUGAGUAUCUUAAUUUUAUCCGUAUUCACCAUAUGUUAUAAUAUUCCUGUAAUAUUAAACAUUUUUGCAUAUUACAUUCCAAAAAUAUAUAACAAAAUUCAAAUUUCCAAACAUAUCUUAUGUAUUCAUUUGAAACCGAGCGCUUCUCCAACCAUUGUAAUGAUUUCAAUCUGAAAAUGAAUCUCAAUCGCAUAGCGGCGAACUGUUGCGAACAAAAACAAAAAGCGUGCCAUCCGAGCACAAAAGACAUGGUCACUUCGACUUUCCUGUCGUCCAUUUGUUCACAAUAAACCGGUCUGGUGCGACAAAAGUCGUCAGUUGUUUGAGCAACAAAAGUCAUUGUGUGGGAACCGGCACUAGUGUAGCGACUUUUAAUUUUAUGGUUGGUAGCACUGAUUACCAAAUCAAUUAUACUAAGAAACCCUGAGACGAAAGAAAAGCCAUGUUUUUAAAUUAAUGGAUUUAUUUUACCCUAGCGUGAGAAAAAUUUGAAAGCGUUAGUGUUUCAUCUAUUGAGAAGAGCAGUAUACCAAAAGUUUAUUUUGUCGUAGUUUUGUUGGCAAAUAACAACAGAGCAGUUUUUCCAUAUAACUGCCUGAAAAAUUGCUCUAGUAAUUAAAACGCUCCAGAAAUACGUAAUACGUACAACCAAGUUGAAUAUGUAAAAAUAAAUGAACUAAAGUAUUGUCUUAAAUGCUUCCAAGUUAAAUUUGCGGUAUAUUAUGUGCGUAAGUGAAAAAUCGAGAACAGUCAAGUCGUGAAAAGAGUACAUUUUUAGUUAGUAAAAGUGCAGUGUAAAAAGUGUUCAUCGGUAUAUCGCGCAGCUUUUUUAAUGAAGGUUAUGACAAAUAAAAGGGAGAUAUUCAAUAUGUGGAAUAAAGAAGACAUUGUUUUAUAUAAUUUUAAAGCGUUCCAGUUUUCGUGUGGCGCGAAUAAAAAUUUAAUAAAAAAAUGGAUUCGGAUGAUUCAAAUGCCGAGUCUUCGGUAUCAAACUCAUCAUCAUCAUCAACGGAAAAUUCACGAUCUUCAACGGAACCAGUAAAUGAAAUUACAAAUGCACCCAAUAUAGUGGCAAUUGAUAAUGCGGAAGAGCGAGAGUUAUCAAGGACAAAUUCUCGUUGCUCCAAUCAUUCUUCUUCAAAAUCUGACUUUAAUUCUUCAUCAUCUUCUUCGUCUAGUGAUAAUGAAAACGAUGGUAUUAAAUCCCCACAAGAUAAUUUAUCGAACAGAAGAAGCCAUUCUGGGUCACCGCAGCCCACGAAGUCUCUACGAAGCUCGAGACAUUCAAGUGUAUCAUCAAAUAGCAGUCGCAGCAACAGUCCCAAUUCUAAUUUCGGCAAUAGUGUGCAAAAUAUAAGCCACGAGGAAUUGAGUGAUGUGAGCGAUAUGGAGAGUGAAAAACGUGAAGCUGUUUUAAACAGCAGUAAGCCAUCUGUAGAGGACGAAGCUACAAACGUUUCUUCAGCAUCAAUUAAUUUAGAUCAAGGUCACAAAGAGGCCAAUUCAGAACUACGAUACUCUUUGGAAACCGAAAAUAGCCAGAAUGCUGUUAUAACCGAUUUGCGCCAAAAACUAGAUUUAAUUAAAACGCAAGGAAAGACUACCGAAACGUCAAAAGCAAUUGAUGGAACUACCAAUUUGGCUGAAAACGAGAGGCAAACUGAUCCGAUAGAAGUAUUGGUCAAACCCAAUGAUGAAGAUGCUUUGGACUUUGAAGCUGAAGAAGGUGAAUGCCAAGAUAUAAGUAAAGAUGAUGAGAAGCUUGUAGAUGAACAAGAAACUAAACCAAGCAAUGAUAGGGUAAAAAAUUCCAAAUCUGAUGGAGAAGCCGAGGAUGGAGAAGAAUUAGAAGAAGGGGAGGUGUCAGAUGAAGAUGAGAAACGUCCGGAAGAGACUGAACCCAAACCAGUCUGUCGUUUUUAUACACGUGGCCAAUGUACAUGGGGAAUGAGCUGUCGCUUUCUUCAUCCUGGCGUAACUGAUAAAGGAAAUUAUACCAUGUUUGAUUUAGUACGUCCUGUUCCCGUAACACAAACAGGUCCAUCCGCUUCUCGGUCUUCAAAUUAUCCAACUCAUACAGUUGAUUAUCAUGAUUUUCGCACCGAUCGUCCAGCGUUGCAUCACCGUUUAGGUUUACAGCAUCCACCUUCAGGUUAUAAUGCACACCAUGACCCAAGAACCGCAACAGCUGAUGCUCCUGUCGUUAUAGAAAGUGCUUGGGAACGUGGAUUGAGAACGGCAAAAGAAAUGAUGCGCAAAGCAAAUAAGCGAAAAGAGCAAGAUAUGGAUUUCGAAGAUAAGAAAAUGAAUUUGACUCUAUCUCCAGAUGAAAUAGAAAAAGACGCAUACUAUUUGAAGGAAAGAAGUUCUCCGCAAGAUAUUGCUCCACCGUAUGGUCGACAUAAUUUAUAUCAAGAACCACUGGGCAUGUACAGUCCAACUGAGCGUUUUGCUCGUGGACCUCCAUUACCAGCAGCAUAUGAUGAUGUGGAUUCAUAUGGUCGCUCUACAAGAUAUCGUGAGUUACCUCCUCAUCGCAUGCCACAAUACGAAGAUGAAAGACGAGUGCGUCCUACUCGGGAAGUAAUUGUACAGCGAGUUGAGCCCGUCGGUCGUGGGGAUGAAUGGCGUGACCCUUGGAUGAGAUCACCAGGCCUCCGUGGAGAAUCUCGAGACCAUAGUAGUAAACGCCGCCAUGAUCGGCGUAGUUAUAGUAGCAAUUCCUCGUAUUCAUCUUCAAGCAGUUCCCGAUCUGAUUCAAGUUCAGAAAGUAGCCGUUCUUCUACUCCGACAGGACACAGACGACGUUAUAACAGUUCUCAUAAAGCAUCGCCUGCACGUAGGCAUGGAAUGCGUUCUGCUCGAUCUCCUAGUAUGCCUCGCCGCCCACGUCAUUCUCCAAGUACUCGACAUUCUCCCAACGCUAAGAGAAAAGCUACAUUAUCUCCUACUAUGGAAAAGAGAAGUGCAUACAGUCCAAUGCAUAAACGAAAAAAGACUGCAGUAGCAAAAAAAUCAGACAAAUCGAAAUCCAGACAUCGGGUAACAUCCAGCUCUUCUGGAACAGAUUCGUCCGAUUCAAGCGAUUCUGAUUCAGAUUCUGGUUCGUCCAGUUCUGACAGUUCGUCAAUCUCCAGGGAGCGGCCUAGCAUUAAACGUUCUAGAACAACUGAUAAAUUAGUCCAUGAACGUAGAUCUGUGAAAAAAGCGGAACCGACUAAAAAGAGAUCACCAAUAUCUAUCGAAAUUAAGAAGCAACCCACAGUAGGAGUAUCAGCACUUGCUUCGUCACCAACACAUUCGAUUAACUCCGAAAAGGAUCUAAAAAAAUCCCGACGGGAGGAAUUAUUAAAACAGCUUCGUGCUGUAGAGGACGCAAUAGCAAAAAAAAGAUCAAAACUCAAUUAAUGGAUGGAAUAAAGUUAUAAUAAAAACUCACUACAUAAUUUAAAUAAAAAAAUGUAUUUGUAAACAAAAAUUCGGAAGUCAAUUCCAGACUAUGAUUUAUAAUGCUUAAUGAUAUAAUAUACUAUACUUAUUGGAGAAAGAAA